AGCGCGAAGUUGUCCUCUUCACACAGCUUCUCUUGGCCUCACUGCAAUACCUGGAAGUAGUAUCAAGCCCUCGAUUCUUGAAUUGGGUUUAUUUUUUCAGCAGCAUCAUCAUCAUAACGUCUUUAAAACCAGCCACCGAGAAUGAAAUCUUCCUUUCUCGCGCUCUUCAGCCUCGUCCCACUCCUCGCCUCCGCUAUUCUCCCCUCCAACGCCGUUCCCCUCCUCCCCUCGCAAGAAAAUGCACUAAUUUCCCUGAAAACCGCGUGGCGCAACUGUCCGGUGACCAAGACAUGGGUGGCGGGCGCCGACUGCUCAAAAUGGUCCGGCAUCAGUUGCGACGAUCGCGGUGUGGUUUUCCAGCUGUACAUCUACGGCGAGAACUCCUGCACCGGCGCGUUGACGGAAUCCGUCGGGAACCUGACGGAGCUGACGUCGAUUACUAUAUCCGACAACUGGCGCAUCUACGGCAGCUUGCCCAAGAGCCUCUCGAAUCUGCAGAAGCUCGAAUCUCUAGCGAUCCGCACGGAUUUCAAUGGAGGCCGAAAUAGCGGCCUUUCCGGGGCCCUGCCAAAUUCCAUCGGGAAUUUCGCCCGCAGCCUGACGAGCCUUAUGCUCCUCGGAACGCGGCUCACGGGGAGCAUUCCGCGUGGGCUUUCGCGGCUGAGUCGCCUCGUGUACUUAAACCUAGACGGAAACCGUCUCACGGGAGAAAUCCCUCGGGAAUUGUCCGGCUUGAGGAAUCUCGUCUCGCUCGAGAUGGGCGGGAAUAGAUUGACGGGAUCGAUUCCACCGACCCUCGCGGAAAUAAAGCGCCUCACGACACUGCAUCUUGAGAAUAAUAGGCUUUCGGGUGCGCUCCCCACGAAAGAAAUACUCGAUAUAAGGAGCCUCGAGGACCUGGAUCUGCGUAAUAAUCGGUUCAUUGCUUCGUCUAUCGCCGCCCUUGCGACCCAUCCGUCUCUGACAGACAUCGACCUUAGUUGGAAUAUUAUUUCGGGCAGUGUUCCUGAGCAGUUCAGGCAGAUGAAGAAGCUUGCGGGUUUGAAAUUGGCUGGAAACAGGCUGAGCGGAACAGUCCCAGUGACUCUACUGCGAAACAUGCCGAAUCUCCAUUACUUAGACCUUUCGUUCAACAGGCUGAGAGGCGAGUUUCCCUGGGCAGCGGCAACUGUAACAUGAAACAGCAACGGAGUGGAGCAGCAUGUAGAAGAUUUUGUGGGAC